AGUUUUUGUUUUUGUUGUGGAGCUUGAUGAAAUUAAUGAAAAUUAAAUAGCAAAAAACUGUGUGAAAAUUGAUAAAACUACAAGGAAAAAUCAAAAUAAAUUGAGCUCAAAGCGGCGUAAACAAAAACUCUGCCACGCAUAACUUCAAAGUCUUCAAAAAAGGAACGGAAAUUUUUGCAACAAAGGAAAAGCUCAUAUGAAUAAUGGGAAAUAAAUAUACAUAAAACCUAAAAGGCCGAUCCAACGCCGUGUGUUUAUUUGUGUUAGUGUUUAACUUAAAGACAAUUUAAUUUUGUACCGUCAAAACUAAGCAAAGAAAAAAGAAAAAGAAACGGGACUCGCUUUACUCUCUAUAGAAGAAUAAGAGACAAUAAGAGACAAUCGAUAGAAGAAACAAAAAUUUAUUUGGUGUCCUCCAGUGUUUUGUUUUUGUGGCAUGUUAAGUGUGUUCGAUGCCGUUGCGGUUAAGUGUCGUCUAUGGCCGAAUCCGUUAAAAGUCAAUCGCUCUCUGCAUUGACGGAGGGGCAGCAAGACGACGGUACUACAACAACAACAACCACAACAUCAACAACACUUCAAUCCUCCCGACGCAAUCACUACAACAAUAACAACAAUAAUAAUAAUAAUAACAACAACAAUAGCAGCAGUAAAAAUCACAAUAAUAAAAUCCGUAAACGCAAUACGGGAACGUCCACCACCAGCACAACAACAGCAACACUAGCAACUGCUACAGCUGUCAGCUCCUCCGUCAACGCCGUCACAGCCGCCGCAAUACGUCCAUCGCGCAGCAGCAGCAACAGCAACCAAGGACAUAAUUUAUCAUCCGCUACAACGUCAACCGCCUACCCCUUAGCCGGUAAUAAAGAAACGCAAAACUCUCGUCGUAAAUUUCGUGCGACCAAUUCGCGUUCCCCUGUCACAACCACAACAACAACUGCAUCCACGCCCAAAAAUAUAAACGAUUCUUCAACAACUGCUGCAACAAGAAUAUCGCCCAGCAAUCAAAGGAAACGUCAACAUCAGCAACAGCAACCAAACAACAAUCAAUCAGCACCCGGUGGUGACCAAUUGGUUGAGCCCUUAGGCUCCCCUUCGAAGAAGCGUCGUUUGCAGCCGCCCGGCGGUGAGAUAGUGCAACCGGGAUCACUUACGGUUACACCACAACAACAGCAACAACGUACACCGGCUGCAGCAGCUCCAGCAACAUCUUCGUCUGCCGGGGAUUGUGUGGCUCAACGCACCCGCUCCAAGACUGUUUCCCCUGAAGAAUUACCAAGCACAAGCAGCGCUGCAGCAGCAGCGGAAUCCCGUCAAAUUCGUGGAGGCGGCGGCGGUAGUGGUGCUGCUGCCACAAGCAGGCGCAAGGCAGGCGGCGGAAGCAGUGGCUCUCAGGAGUUGAGCAGUACAACAACACCUCAGCGUGGUACAACUGCUGCGACUGCUAAUGCUCGAUGUAAUUUAUUGAAUUAUUAUCGCAAAACGCGUAAAGUAAGUCAUACCAGAAGCACAUCAACCACGAAGCAAACACAGAAGGGUCAACAGUUAUCGAACGAGGAGUCCUCCUCGUCAUCAUUGUCGUUAUUAUCAUUGGUGGCAGCGACAAGUGAGGCACAGGCAGCCCGCCUUCAGGCCAGUCGUUCGGCAGUGAUAGCCGCCGCUGCGGCCAUAGACGCAGCUGCAGCAGCCGUUUCAUUGAAUAAGAUUGGGAAACAUCGCAAAAAUCUACGGAAUCAGUCACAGCAAACACUAGAAGCGGCAGCUGAAGCUGACGAAAAUUUGGAGGAUCAGGGGCAAGAUUACGACGCACAAACAGAACAAGAAGUACCAGCAGCAGGAACAGCAACAGCAUCAUCAGAUACCUUAUCUGCCAACUCCAGUAAUACAGCUGAGUUGAAUUCGCAUCAGUUCCAAACAGAGUCUGUUCCUAACAACAACAACUCAGAGGAACAAGACGACGACGAAGACGAGGACGACGACGAGGAGGAGGAAGAGGAAGAAUAUCAGCAAGACGACGACGUACGUCAGCAGGUUGUUGGCGAUUUUUACGAAAUUGUCCAUUCUGCGGAUUCAUCAUACGAGGAAGACGCACAAAUUGUUGCCGAAGAAGACGAGAUAACUGAGGAAGAAGACGACGAGGAGGACGACGACGAAGAAGACGAGGACGAUAUUGAAGAAGACGAAGACAUCGAAGAUCUAUCCGAGGGUGAAUUUGCUCAGCAACUAAUCGGUGAACUUGGGGCAGGACCAGGGCCGCCAUUAUAUCAACAACAGCAGCAGCAACAACCACCGCCACCUCCCCCACAAUUGGCCCGUUACGGCACGACAGCAGCAGCCACAUUUGUACCACCUACGCAACAGCAACAACAUUUGCAACAACAACACUCUUCACUGCGUCGCAGUUCACGUGGCAAGACGGGUUCUUGUGUGAGUUCAGCAGCAGCAGCAGCAGCGGCAGCCGCCCAACAGCAGCAGCAGCAGCAGCAACAACAACACCAACAUCAAGCUGCUGCUGCUGUACAACAACAUCACCAACAACCACACCAACAACCUCAAUUGCUACCUCCACCCGGCACCUAUCAAUAUCAACAAGUGGGCGGUAAUACUGUUGUUGUGGCUGUACGACAUCAACAACAGUUGCAGCAACAGCAGCAAUUGGCCUUGCAACAUCAACAGCAGCAGCAGCAACGUGCUACAAUUGUGCAACCCGGUUUUCUAUUCAGCUAUCGUAGCAAUCAUCCUCAGCAGCAGCAACAACAACAACAACAGCAUCAGCAACAGCAGCCGCCCAAUCUGCAGCAAGCUCCUAAAGUGUCCCAAAGCAGUGCAGCUUCGGAUGCUUUAACAUAUAGUUUGAUGGCACAACAACCGCCAAAUGGACCGCCGCAUGCAGGUGGACAGCAAAUGACGACAGGUGCCAACUCUGCUAAUCUCAGCAUUGUAGCCGCUGCCUUAAGUGCAGCCCGUGAAGUCGGUGGAACAGGAAUUGUUGGAUCAUCGACAGUAGGAGCAGCAGCAGGAUCACAAGGAGUAGCGACGGGAGCAUCGGCACCAGGUGGUGGUGCAUCAGCAGCAACUGCUGCAAUCGGAACGGGAUCAGGAGUGGUAUCAGGAGUGGGAGUUGGUGGUGGCAACACCAACAAUAGCAGCAGCGCCGUGGGCGCCAAUCAAAGCAACAACACAGGAGCAGCAGGAGCCAGUGCUAGCAACAAUGUGACAACAGGAGCAGGAGCAGCAGCUGUGGGUGGAGGACCACCCGGAAGCGGUGGAGCUGGUGGUGCUGCCGAUUCGGAGAGUGAUGACAGUGAGGUAGGCCGUUUGCAGGCUUUGUUAGAGGCUCGUGGAUUGCCACCGCAUCUAUUUGGAGCUUUGGGCCCGCGUAUGACACAUAUACUUCAUCGCACCAUUGGCAAUAGCAGCAGUUCCAAGGCUAAUCAACUCCUCCAGGGACUGCAAUCCCAUGAUGAGUCCCAACAAUUGCAGGCAGCCAUCGAGAUGUGCCAAAUGCUGGUCAUGGGCAAUGAAGAUACCCUAGCCGGCUUCCCUAUUAAGCAAGUGGUGCCGGCCCUGAUCCAAUUGUUGCGCAUGGAGCACAAUUUUGAUAUUAUGAACAAUGCUUGUCGUGCCCUAGCCUAUAUGCUCGAAGCCCUGCCACGGUCAUCAGGCACUGUGGUCGAGGCGGUGCCCGUAUUUCUGGAGAAACUUCAGGUGAUCCAAUGCAUGGAUGUGGCCGAACAGAGUUUAACCGCCCUGGAGAUACUCUCCCGUCGUCACAACAAGGCCAUACUUCAAGCAAAUGGUAUAUCAGCAUGCCUUACAUAUUUGGAUUUCUUCUCGAUUGUAGCACAACGUGCUGCAUUGGCCAUAACUGCCAAUUGCUGUCUUAAUAUGCAUUCGGAGGAAUUCCAUUUCGUAUCGGAGAGUUUGCCUCUACUUGCUCGGCUGCUUUCCCAACAGGAUAAAAAAUGUGUCGAGAGCGUCUGUUCGGCUUUUUGCCGUCUCGUCGAAAGUUUCCAACACGAUGGCAAACGUCUGCAGCAAAUUGCCAGUCCGGAUCUAUUAAAGAACUGCCAACAACUGUUGCUUGUUACCCCGGCCAUAUUGAAUACCGGAACAUUUACGGCUGUUGUACGUAUGCUCAGCUUAAUGUGCGGCAGUUGUCCAGAUUUGGCCAUUUCUCUGCUGCGCAAUGAUAUAGCAGCCACCUUGCUCUAUUUGUUAACCGGAAAUGCUGAACCAGCGGCCGCCAGUUCUAAUCAUGUUGAGCUCAUAGCCCGAUCCCCAUCGGAACUAUAUGAAUUGACUUGUCUCAUUGGUGAACUGAUGCCCAGACUGCCUUUGGAUGACAUCUUCACAGUCGACUCUCUGUUGGAUCGUCCCACUUUGAAUACCCAAGAUCAGGUGCAAUGGCAAUGGCGAGAUGAUCGGGGGGCAUGGCAUAAUUAUUCAACGAUCGAUUCACGUUUAAUUGAGGCUGCCCAUCAGAGUAGCGAAGAUGAGAUAAGUUUGAGUACCUUGGGAAGGACAUACACGGUAGAUUUUCAUGCCAUGCAACAGAUUAAUGAAGAUACAGGAACCACAAGGCCAGUUCAACGCAAAUUGAAUCCAAAUUAUGUGGCUCCAACAACAGCAGCUGGUGGACAGGACUUGACAACAGGUGGAGGUGCAUCCACAUCUGCUGCAGCAGCUGCUGCCGCCGCCGCGGCCGCAAACAAUAAUAAUAAUAAUCCAACGGGAACCACUAACACUACCACCUCUACCCCAUCAUCGGCAACGGCAACUUUAUCCAAGCGUCGUCCUUCAUUAGAUGCUCGCAUUGCCUGCCUGAAGGAGGAGCGCGGCUUGGCUGCUGAUUUCAUCAAGCAUAUUUUCAACGUCUUGUACGAAGUCUACAGUUCAUCGGCUGGUCCCAAUGUCCGUUACAAAUGCCUGCGGGCCCUUCUACGCAUGGUUUACUAUGCCACACCGGAGCUACUGCGUCAGGUAUUGAAAUAUCAAUUGGUGUCCAGUCACAUUGCCGGCAUGUUGGGAAGCAAUGACUUGCGCAUUGUGGUUGGAGCUCUUCAAAUGGCUGAGAUUUUAAUGCGUCAAUUGCCGGAUGUAUUUGGCACACAUUUCCGACGCGAGGGUGUCAUCUAUCAGUUCACUCAAUUGACCGAUCCGAAUAAUCCCAUUUGCUCGCAACCGUCGCCCAAACCAACAUUAAGUACAACAGGAACGCCCACGGCCAACGCUGGGGGAUCGCAAUCAGCACCGGCUUCGGCGAAUAGUUUGCAAGUGAAUCCCUUCUUCAUGGACAGUAAUCCACCCUUGCCAGGAGGCGGAUCAGCAAGUGCUUCGACCACACCCAGCAGUUCCAAGCAUCAAUCGUAUACGGUGAAGAGUUUCUCACACGCCAUGAAUGCUUUGACAGCAAGUGUCAAGUCAACGCCAUUGGAAGUAUCUUCUGGAGGAGGAGCAGCUGCUGCAGCUGGUAGUGGAGGCUUCAAUUAUAGUAGUUCAGCCCCGUCCGGAUCCUCUUCGGCGUCAUCAGCCCCAGCUGCCGUCUUCUUUCACGGUGAUCCACGCCAACAGCAGCAGACGCAACAGCCACAAUAUGUGCACUUUCAGCAACCAGCCGCCCCACCGCCGCCGCCACAGCUAUUGGAUCCGCAGCAGCAGCAGCAACAACAGCAACAGCCGCAGGUGGUGCCUCAAGUGAUCUAUACCAGUCCCGGGUCCAGCAAUUACCAAUCCAAUCAUUUAGUGGUAGCCUCCACAAGUAGCGCUGCUGCCACCAAUACUAGCCAUAAUUCAUCUGCCUCUUCGUCGUCAUCAUCUUCGGCAUCCGCCUUGCAGCACAAAAUGACAGACAUGCUCAAGCGUAAGGUCCCACCGAAACGCAAAUCCCAGAGCAGUGGACGUGCUAAAUCUCGUCAAGAAGAUCCACCAGUGGCGACAUCUGCAGCCGGCGGAAAUCCACCACCAACAUCAGCCAUGCAUGAGCUUUUAAGUCGUGCUACCAGUUUAGGAAGCAGCAGCUCCGGAGGCGGUGGACGCAAUACACCAAGCUCUGGUGGCAGUGGUUCUAGUAAAUCUCGUUUCAAUGCUGGCAAUGCCAAUUCUAGUGCCGGUUCAAGUAAAUCUUCAUUUUUGGCUUCACUUAAUCCGGCUCGUUGGGGUCGCCAGACAAAUCAUCAUUAUCACCAGCAGCAGCAGCAGCAACAGCAGCAUCAUCAGCAACAACAGCAGCAACAGCAGCAACAACAAUCGCAACAGCAGCUGCAGCAACAACAACAUGGACUGAGCAAAGAUGCCGCUGGACUGGCAUACGUGCCCACAGGUGGUAAUGGUGGCAUGAAUGCCGCUGCUGUCGCUGCCAGCAUAAGUAAAAGCAUUUCACAUGCCAAUCUCUUGGCUGCGGCCAAUCGGGAACGGGCCCGUCAAUGGGUGCGCGAGCAGGCAGUGGAUUUCGUCAAACGAUAUACCGAACAGGAGACAAGACGCAGCAAGGGAUCAUUAAACGCAUCAGACAGUAGUUCAUCGUGUAAUGCCGCCUCAUCAUCUGCCGCAAGUGAUGGCAAUGGUAGCCAUCAUUUUUCUUCUGCCGGCAGUACAAACGUAUUGGAACGUUUAUCGAGUAUUUUACUUAAAUUAAAUGGCAGCUAUCAUGAUUGUCUCGACGCGCUGCUCGAAUUAAAGACCAUUCUGCUGGAGAGCGAUAUUUCACCAUUUGAGGUAAACCAUUCGGGACUAAUCAAGGCCAUGCUGAAUUAUAUGACCAGUGAAACGGGUCUGGUGGAGCGGGACGCACGUCUACGCAGUUUCAUGCAUGUUUUCGCUGGAUUACCUCUGGAACCAUUGCUUCAGAAUGUGGGCCAAUUGCCAAGCAUCGAGCCAAUUGCCUUCGCAGCAUUUGUGGCCAAACUAAACGGCUGCGUGACGCAGUUGGAGCAAUUUCCCGUCAAGGUGCAUGAUUUCCCAGCUGGCCCUGGAGGCAGAUCCAAUCAGAGUGCAUUGCGUUUCUUUAACACACAUCAGCUGAAGUGUAAUCUACAGCGUCAUCCUCAGUGCAGUAAUCUGCGUCAAUGGAAAGGAGGCACUGUUAAAAUUGAUCCCCUCGCCAUGGUGCAAGCUAUCGAACGUUAUUUGGUUGUACGUGGCUAUGGAGGCAUAAGAGCUGAUUCCGAUGAUGACAGUGAAGAAGAUAUGGAUGACAAUGUGGCCGCUGUGGUCAUGACACAGGCUGGUUUCAAGCACAAGUUGCAAUUCCUGAUAGGGGAACAUGUUUUGCCAUACAAUAUGACGGUUUAUCAAGCAGUCAAACAAUUUUCGCCUCUUGUUAAUGAGCAACCCGAGACUGAUAAUGAAUCGGAGACAUUGCUGGGCAAUCCUAGCAUCUGGGCACAACAACAUACCAUAUACUAUAGGCCAGUUGAUGAGGAGACUGGCGGAAAUACAGGAGGAGCAGCCACCUCGAGUACAAGCUCUUGCAGUAGCGGUGGAGUUCAACAACAGAAGCUAUCAAACAAUUCUGGUGGUUCUACGUCCGGUGCGGCUACCUCGUCGUCUUGUUCAUCAGGAGCCAGUGGCUCCUCAUCGUCAUCGUCCACAUCGAAGAAGGCCCACAAAUCGAGCAGUAAAUUUAUGCGCAAGAAAACUGAACUAUGGCACGAGGGCAUUGCUCCUAGUGUUAUGUCUGCUCUUAAGCCAUUCCUGAGUAGCACCUUGCCGGGAGAUGUGGUAACCGUGCAGGACGCCUCAUUGGAUGCUCUGUGUAUGCUGCGUGUCAUACACGCUCUCAAUCGCCACUGGGAACAUCUGUAUGGCUGUGUGGUCAGGCAGAAUAUUAUUCCACAAAUGGAAUUCGUUCAUCCGAAGAUCACGGCCAAGGCAAAUCGGCAAUUGCAGGAUCCUUUGGUCAUUAUGACUGGCAAUUUGCCGCAAUGGUUACCCCAGAUUGGCAUGGCCUGUCCAUUCCUAUUCCCUUUCGAGACACGUCAUUUGCUGUUCUAUGCCACCAGUUUUGAUCGAGAUCGUGCUCUGCAACGUCUAUUGGACACAACACCGGAUCUGAAUGCUGCCGAGUCCUCGGAACGUGUGGCCCCGCGCCUUGAUCGUCGUAAGCGGGCAAUUUCUCGUGCUGAUAUCUUAAAGCAGGCUGAGCAUAUUCUUCAAGACUUUGGCCAUUCAAAGGCCUUGCUAGAAAUCCAAUAUGAGAAUGAAGUCGGCACCGGAUUGGGACCAACUUUGGAAUUCUAUGCUCUGGUCUCGGCCGAAUUACAGCGUACCGACUUGGGUCUGUGGAAUGGCAGUGAUAGUUAUCGCCAGAACUCUGUUACCGUCGUAGAUGUGAUUAAAUCAAAUAGUGCUAUACUCCAUAUAGAAGAUGCCGUUGAAGUGUCAGCGUCCACCAUUGAGCAGCAACAGGGAACAACUGUUGUAGUAAGCAGUACUACGACUACUACUUCAUCAACUCCAACAACGCAACAUCAUCUUACCCGCUCCACUAGUCGAUCUCAUGCCCUACGCAGUGGAGCUGGUGGCCAGCAGCAACAGUAUCAGCAUGGGGAGCACAGCUCCUCCAGUGCUAGCUCGAACGAGAAUGCUUUAAAUAUGAUUAUAGCACAGCAAUUUAGUGAUAUGUCUGGUGGUCAGCAGCAACAACAGGGCGAAACUGUUCCGCCGUUGCCGCCGUUAUCUAACCACAACAACCAGCACAACAAUCCCUCAACUGAACCACCAAAUAAUCCUAGCAGCACAACAAAUAAUUUAGAACAGAACAUUACUACAAUCAAUAAUACUUCAACAACAACGACCACCACCAGCUAUGUACAUGCUGCUCAUGGCCUAUUCCCACAGCCAUUGGGCAAAUCCUCAAAGUUGCCACAAAUGACCAAAGCAAAGGCCAAAUUCAAAUUUCUGGGUAAAUUUAUGGCCAAGGCUGUGAUGGACAGUCGUAUGGUGGAUUUGCCAUUUUCAUUGCCCUUUUAUCGCUGGCUGGUAACCGAAGAGCAUUCAAUUGGUCUCGCCGAUUUGUCGCGUGUGGCGCCUGAGGUACAAAAUACACUUGUUCGUUUGCAGGAUGUGGUUCGUCAAAGAGAAUAUAUUUUCGCUGAUCCAAAUAUUGAUGCCAUGGAGAAGACCGAAAAGAUUGAGCAACUGGACUUAGAUGGUUGUCCCAUUGCCGAUUUGGGCUUGGAUUUCGUUCUACCCGGUCAUGCUAAUAUUGAAUUGUGCCGCGGUGGUCGUGAUACUCCAGUGACUAUACAUAAUUUGCAUCAAUAUAUCUCAUUGGUCACAUACUGGUUCCUCAUCGAAGGCGUCCAGAAGCAAUUUGAGUCGCUGCGUGAGGGUUUCGAUUCCGUCUUUCCCAUACAACGUCUACGCAUGUUCUAUCCUGAGGAGCUGGAGUGUGUAUUUUGCGGCUCUGGAGAACAGCAUCAGCGUUGGGAUCUCAAAAUGCUGCAGGACAGCUGCCGUACAGAUCACGGCUUCCAUCAGGAAUCUCAGGCCAUACAAUAUCUAUACGAUAUACUCACCUCCUACAAUCGCGAUGAGCAGCGUGCUUUCUUGCAGUUUGUGACAGGAUCGCCGCGUUUGCCCACAGGUGGCUUUAAAUCCCUAACACCGCCUCUGACCAUUGUGCGUAAAACAUUGGAUGGCAAUCAGAAUCCCAAUGAUUAUCUACCAUCUGUGAUGACCUGUGUCAACUAUUUGAAGUUGCCGGACUACUCAAGUCGUGAUGUGAUGCGGCAGAAACUGAAAGUGGCUGCCAAUGAGGGCAGUAUGUCCUUCCAUUUGUCCUAAACAACACGCCAACAAAAAAACACAUACAUAAACACAAACACACAUGCACACACACCAACGAAAAGGAAGAGAUAACAUAAAUUUAAGAACAGAUACACACAUCCUGAAAACACAAGCUAAGAAAGGAAAUGAGAAAACACUGAAAUCGUUUAGUAAUACUUUAUAUAUAUAUUUAUAUAUAUAUAUGUAUGUAUAUGAAACAGCUUAUAUAUACAUCUAUAUAUAUAUAAAUAAGAUUAGCCUUCCUCUCACUCUUUCCCGUAGCCUACCUUCCUCCUUCCUUUAACCCGCCAUCUCUCACCAUUCACUAUAUAAGAAUCGCUGAAAGUUUGAAUUUGAAUUGAAAUGAACUUUGAGCAGCAGCAACUUUUACUUUAUGUUGUUAACGACAAACCCAAGAUUAUCUUAUCUUUGGAUUUUCUUGCAUUAAUUGCAAUUAAUUACCGCUUACCACUUUUGCCCUCCCUCUCUCUUCCCGCUCCCAUCCCUACUCUUUUUGCGCACACCCCCACACAUGCGCAAGCGCUCAGGCAAUAUAUAUUUUUUAUCAAGGAAAAAAAAAAAGAAAGAAAUGAAUAGAUGAAACAAGAACACUAAGAAAAGGCAGGCCACCGUUUGCAAAAUGUUAUCCUUAAAUAAAUUGAUUAGUAAUUCGAUAAAAAAGCAAAAAAAGAAAACAUAAAAAAAAAUAUAUAUUUAAAUAUAAAAAAAAAAUCCAAGAAAUAUUUUUGUCAUUUUGGUAGAUUUAUAUUAUUUCUUAUUAUAGUUCAAUUACAAUUUAGUUUGCUUCUUUUUGUAUUAA